AUAUUUGAUGAUUGCGGGUGUGUAUUGUGUAUUAUUCUCGGCAGUAUCCGUUGUACCUUGUAGGAUGUUGUACAACACUAGGCAUUGCGUAGACUGAAAUGUCGAAAGAAAGUGAACGAAUCGGUCGGUCAGUGUGCAAGACACCGUCGGCGAUACCUGUACUGUAUAACGUGUUUUUUGCCGUAUUUCGUAACCCUUAUAUUUGGAGUGAAUUAAAAAUGUUUUCUUAGUCUUUUAAAUAGAAAGUGAUUUAUAUAAUACGAUAGAAACGUUAAAAUGGAUUUGUUAAGUGCUGAAAGUAGCGGAACAAGAGUUUUGGCAGCUCGUCACAUAAGUGCUGAGACACCAUUGCCAGAAGUAAACAAUGCGAUUAAUACAACAUUAUUGUGCCAUAGCUAUAGCCUUCAGCCUGAUUUCGCCUCAAAUUUGGCAGUUCUAAAAACUAACGCAUGGAUAAUAUGGUCCGGUGGAUUACUGGUGGUGCUAGUAUUAUGUCUGCUUUAUAUUUCAACCUUACGGUCCGCGCUACGCUAUUGGAAAGAGUCGAGCACAAGUUUAGCCAUUGUUUUGGCUGUUUAUCCACUAGUCGCAGCAAUGGCUCUCCUUACAACUAUUUUGCCUCGCGUUCGUAUCCUAGCUGAGGCGAUAUCCCAAGAGGCUGUAAUGAUUGCAAUGUACCAUUUCUAUUUUCUAAUCAUCGCCGAGUGUGGAGGUACUAAUCAACUUGUCAGACGAUCUGAAGGGUCUCUAAUGGAGACCAGGGUGCUACCAUGCUGUUGUUGGCCUUGUUGUAUAUUGCCGAGGCCGCAAGUACAAAAAAAAAGUUUAACUUGGUUGCGAUAUCUGGUUCUGCAGAUGCCUGUAAUCCAAGCUAUAUUGUACCUGAUUGUUCUAACGCUCUGGGCUGAAGAUAUGAUGUUAUACCUAAACAGUUUUAUCUAUAUUCAACCGUUUAUCGCUGUGUCGAUAUUGUCAGGAGUAUGGGGUGUUAUAAUGUGCGUGCGCGCAGCUGAGGCGACAGGAAUCACUCCCAGGCCCAGAUUCCUAGCGUUGCAGCUAGUGCUUUUGAUUGUUAAGUUACAAUGCGGCUUUGCAAAAAUUAUACCCGAGAUAUUUGAUUUACCUUGCAUCAUGGCUUUGCAUCCUUCAGUAUUUGUCAAUAUGAUACAAAAUAUUAUAAUGAUUUUUGAGAUGUUAUUAUUGUCGAUAUGGGCGUGGCGAUUGUAUGGUGUUCCACCAGGUAAGAUGGUGGAUAAAGUACAGCACAUAGUGGUCGCAGUGCUUGAAGACAGUCUUACUAGUAAUGAGAAAAUAAAAGAAGCAGAUACAUCCAGCAACAAAACUAGUAUCAAACGUGAUGAUUGAGCUUUAGAUUUGAAUAAAUUACUAAGAAGAUUUUUAUGUUGGAUACAUAUUUUUUAAAUGGACGGCUGGAGUUGGUCUGAUAAUUUUAAGUUAGUUAAUGUUAUAUACAUUGUGGAUGUGCUUAAAUUGUUUUGUUUUCUUUUUUUUUGUAAAAUUGUGUUAAAACUUUCUGUGAAAGAAAUAAAAUCAAAUCACGUACCUGAUAUUUUUUUAUACCUACAUAUGAUUGG